AUGUUCCCACAUUUGAAAAGACAAGAUCAGCAAUGUCCAGAGUGUCCGGUUUGCUUCAACUGCCAGCUACCAACAAACAAUUGCGUUAAUGGAGGCACAUGCAACACUAGUGGCAUUUGUCACUGCCCUGUGGGUUGGGGUGGUUUGGACUGUGCCAAUCCCCUUUGUGGAUCACUUUAUGAAACAGAUAGACCGCAAAGAAAAGAUGACGAGGACUGCAGCUGUAAUUCAGGUUGGGGUGGUGUCAAUUGCAACGUUUGUCAAAGCGAUCAAGCAUGCCAGCCUGAGAAAGGUGCAAGCGCCACAUGUAUAAAAACUGCUGUUGGCCUUAAAUCAAUGCAUGCAUGGUGUGCUACUACAAAUAUUCCCUGGAUAAGCGAUGACACAUAUGUAUCUUUAGCCUGUGAAUGGGAAAAGAGUGAGUGUGUAUUUCAGUUUUGGAUUAACCGUGAAGAACAGUUUUAUUGUGAGUUAAGUGAAUGUACACAGUCAACAUCAGGUGAUAAUACAGUUACAGGAAACUGCCCUAAAGCAAAAUGUUCGUGUAUGAAAGAUGCGUAUAUGUGCGGAAGAGAAGUAGGUGGGUAUAUGCACAUGUCAGAGCUUGUAAAAAACGUAAAAGGACCUUCAGAAUGGUAUUGUGAAAACGGGAAAAACUGCUGGUAUAACGAGUACUCGACGCUCGUGAGUGUAUUUCCAGAUAAUAUUCGAUUAUCCUGUGACGUAGGAGAAUGCGUAAAUGAGCAAGAUAUCCUAGACACUGCGCCUAUUGUAAACUAUACAGAAACGAUGAUCAUAGCAGCCAUAGCUGUUGCUUGCAUAUUACUAUAUACUAUCACGAAGUACACGGCUUCAAGGCAAAAGAAACUUUUUGGCACUCGUAUACAACUAACAGAUAUGGAUGAGGGUGACGAUUUAGCGAGCUAUUCAACAACGGCAGAGAUCUCCCUGACUUUCUCAGAUAUAUCUUAUUCUGUUCAGGGUAAAUCUAUUUUGUCCAAUCUGAGUGGGUUUGUUGAGCCUGGUCAGAUGUUGGCUGUCAUGGGCCCCUCAGGCGCUGGUAAAUCAAGCUUAUUAGACAUUCUUGCAAGAAAACAUAAACGAGGCGUCGCAAGCGGAAACAUAUUAUUGAAUGGAGCGUCACCGAAUAUGAAGCAAUUUAGAAGACUUACAGGUUUUGUAGAUCAAGAUGACAGCCUUAUGGGGACUUUAACUGUAAGAGAAACCUUGACAUAUGCAGCCAUGAUGCGCUUGCCACGCAGUAUGCCUUUACAAGCGAAAUUAAAGCGAGUCGAAGAGGUCAUACAGGAACUAGGUAUCAGCAAAAUUGCUGAUAGUAAAAUUGGAAUGCCUGGUAAACGCGGAAUUAGUGGUGGAGAAAAAAGAAGAGUGAGCAUAGGCAAGGAACUGGUAACAGGACCAAGUUUAUUAUUUUUGGAUGAGCCUACAAGCGGUUUAGACGCUUACAAUGCAGGCGUUGUCAUGGACUGUCUACAAAGACUUGCUCAUGAAAGCAAAAGGACCAUAAUCGUCACAAUUCAUCAACCAAGAUCUAACAUUUACAAAAUGUUCGAUUCACUCAUGUUACUUUCUGCCGGACAAUUGGUAUAUUUUGGUCCAACUAACUCUUGUUCAAGCUAUUUCCGGGACCUAGGCUUCUCUAUUCCAGCUGAUUAUAACAUUGCUGACUAUCUCAUUGAUCUUACGAUGAAACGGCCAGACGAUACAGACUCCACACAACAUGAUACCCCUACUCCAUUCAGCAACAGCCAAAGAGAGCAAGAGGAAUUUGAUCUUUUAUCCGAGUCUAAUCAUGCUCAUUAUUUGACUGAUUCGUUUCGUUCUUCUGAACUGUACGAGAAUAUCAAGAACCGUAUUGGCCGAUCCAAUCCAGGCGGUCCUUUUUCAGUAUGGGUUGACCCGCCCGGACAAGAUGUCUCCAUCUUAUCAAUCACACAAUUUUAUCAUGAAUUGGUAAGACAGAAAUAUUCCCUUUUAUCAUCUCGGACUUUUAUCAACAUGUAUAGAAAUCCAAUGCUGUUUUUUGCUCAUUUUGCCUUCUCUGUCGUCCUUGCUAUCUUACUUGGUAGUUUAUUCUGGCAAGUGGAUGUUGACCUUUCUGGCGUUCAAAAUAGAUUAGGGGUCCUAUUCUUUAUGUGUGCAUUGUUGGGGUUUGCUGCCACAAGUUCUUUGGACAUGUUCAACAAGGAGAGACUAUUAUUUAUGCGUGAACGUGAAAACGGUUAUUACAGCGCAGGUGCUUAUUUCCUGGCCAAAGUUAUGUUUGAUAUUAUCCCUCUACGAGUAAUUCCACCUUUGGUAAUGGGAUCCAUUUGCUAUUACAUGAUUGGCUUAAAUCCCUCUUUACUGAUAUUUGCAAAAUUUUUGCUGGUGUUGGUACUAUUCAAUUUGGCAGCAGCAGGAUUAUGCUUGUGUUUUGCAACAGGCAUUAAGAACCUGUCAAUAGCAAACUUAUUAGCUAGUCUAACCAUGCUUUUUUCCAUGUUAUUUGGUGGCUUCUUAUUGAACAAAGACCAUAUCCCUCCUGUCUUGAGUUGGCUACAACAUUUAAGUUUUUUCAACUACGGAUAUGAGGCCCUCAUUGUGAAUGAACUGAAAGAUAUUACCUUACGUGAUAAAUCUAUUGCAGAUAUUCAAAUACCUGGUCCUAUCAUUUUGGCACGCUUUGGCUUUAAUGGACAAGCAUUUUGGGCAAACGUUAAUCGAUUAUUAUUCUUUAUUCUUUUUACUCUGUCCAUUUCUUUUAUGUUUUUGAAACAUUUUGUAAAAGAACAACGUUAA